GGGGAAGCUUCGCUGAAUCGGCGUUCCACGUUCACAAGCAUCCGCCAAAUCGGCGAUUUCUUCAAUUACCCAAAUACCCCUCUCUCUUUAAACUUUCAAUUGUCGAUAACCGACUUUGACUUGGGCGAUUCAUAGGGCUAUAUGUGUAAUUUGGUCUUAUUUGGUCACUGGAAACGGAUACAUAUGCCGGCACGGCCGUGUUUCUUUGCCUUGAUUCUACUGGUUCUUUCGAAGCGAAUUUCAGCGCCGGCGGCCUUCGAUCACAGAGACUAGUAGAAUCCAUGGCCUCCAAGCUACUGAUGCAUGAGCAAUUGAGGAAGAAGAUGUUGGGGUCAACUGAAGUUCGAUCUCCUCUCAGAAACCCUACCGAUUCUUCCUCCUCUUCUUGCAACCACUUCUCCGAUUCUCCCCAGUCUUUGAUUCAGAACUACUCCAAUUUCAAGACAAGUGGUUUACCUUCACGUUUUAUGUUCUAUUUGGACAGUUCGUGGGUUGAUUUCCCUACUCAAGUGCUUGAAAUCUUGCGAACGGGGUUUUCCGACCGAAAGCCGGCGAUGGAAUUGAAAAUUGAUGGAUCGAAGUACUUAUUUGAUCUGUACAGGAUGUUGCAGAUUGAUUUAGACACCGGUAGACAGAGAUCGGUUGCUUGGAUCGAUGAAAACGGUAAGUGUUUCUUCCCCAAAGUUUUUAUUGGGGAAGAAAGUGCUAACACCUCCCGGACUUCUUGUAGUCGGAAAAUUGAAAUUGAGAUUACGAUUGAUGGGAAAUACGGUAAAAGAAAGAGGGAGGAGAUCGAAGAAAAUGAAGUCAAUUCCAGUAAUGAACAUGUGGAUGUGAAGAAGGCAUCGAAAAUACCGCGUGUAGUUGCGAAUGAUUCAGAAACUUCUGUAUGGCCGAAGACGAAGGCGCUGAAUGAAGGGGAUAGUGCGUAUUCUUUAGUAAGCAAUUUCCUUCUCCCUUCAAUGAAAAAGGUUGAUCCUAGUUUUUCAAUCUCCGCAAUUCAUCAGUGCACCCAUACUGGGCCACUGGAAAAAGCUCGUCUCGAUGUGUUUCUGAAGCAGAAUGAAAUUACAACGGCUGUUCGUGGUGUGUCGAAUAUGGUUUAUGCAUGGUAUGGAGCUUCUGCAAGAACUUUGGCCGGAAUUUUGGCUCAUGGAUUUGGGGAGCCUGUUCAGGUUCCUUCCUCUGAUACAACCCAUGGCAUUGGAGUUUAUUUAUCUCCAUUGGGCUUGCCCCAUUUGAGUUCUAAGCUAUCAGAGGCCGAUGGCAAUGGAGUUAAACAUGUGGUUUUAUGUCGAGUUAUAUUGGGCAAGAUUGAAAAAGUUGAAGCAGGAUCUCAACAAUGUCAUCCUUCAAGUACAGAGUUUGACACUGGUGUGGAUGAUCCAACAUUUCCAAAACGGUAUAUUGUAUGGUGUAGCAAUAUGAACAGACACAUUUUACCAGAAUACAUAGUGAGCUAUAAAUCAACAAAUUAUUUGCCGGGUAAGUUGAGAGAGUCGACUGAGACAAAGUAUUCCCUUGUGAAAUUACUUUCAAAGAUGAAGAAUUCCCUGCCUACCUCUAAAGUUCAAGAGGUCGCGACAUUGUUCCAGAAAUUUAAGGUUGGACAAUUGGCAAAGGAUGUUCUUGUUAAAAGGUUACGAUCAAUUGCUGGAGAUGAGAUGCUUCUAUCAAUGAUUCGUGAAAUUCGUGGAUGUCAAUGAGGUUCUUCCAAGUUUUAUUUGGAAGCAUUUGAAAUUUCAAUAACUGUGCUUUACGAUUUGAUAGAACAAGUUGUCAGAUGUUGCCAUACAAGUAGUUUUAGCAAAGAAAGCUCAAUAUACAGUAGAAAGAUAGAAGAACAUUUGUAAUUGUAACUUUUUCUUAAAUACAUUUUAUGUGCAGAGAUUUACUUAGAGUUCAUCUUAGCUCUUGAUUGCUAA